AUGAAAAUAUUAAACAAAAUUUUAGUAUUAUUUUGUAGUUUGUUCAUAUUAAUUAAUGGGAAAUAUGAGAGACAUGGAUAUAGAUCUGAACUAUCACCUGAAAAAUCAAAACCAAGAGAAAAACCAUUAACAAGAAAUAUUCCUUUAGCAGGAGGGAUACCAAUUAGAAAAAGAGUGAAAUCACCUUUUCCACAAAAGAAUGAAGGGAAUUUUUCUGAAAGAAGUCCUGAUAAAAGUUCUGAAAAAAGUCUCAAAAGAGUUUCUAGAAGAAAACAUAAGAAUUAUAAACAAUAUGAUUUGAAGAGUGCAACUAGUAUUGCAAAACCAGCUUUAGAUAAUUUUUUAACGGAUACUACUGUUGGUAGUAUGAUGAAUGAUAUGGAUUUGAUGUCUCAAGCUCCUGUUGAAUUACAAACAAGUCCAAUAAUAUCAUUAGACGCAAUCAAGAGAAUAUCAAAAACAAGGCCAAUAAUAAAAAAGGAACCAAUAUUAAAAGAGAAUUUAUUAAGAGAUAAAUAUACCAAAGUUAAAGUUAGAUUUAUAUCUCCAAGACAAAUAGGAGUUCUAGAAGUAGAGGAACCUCCAGAAAACCUAAAAGUUAUGUUAAUGAAUUUAACUAGACAGUUUGAGAAUAAGGAAAAAGCUUUAGAUAAAGGAGCUGCAGAAGUUGCAUGUGCAAAAUUUGAACCUUUGCUACAUUGUGAGAUAGUCAAUGUAAAUAGUAAAUCUCAAAAACAUUCAGUAAGUACAAAGUGGUCAGAUAAUAAAGAAUAUUCGUGGAAUACUGCACAUGGAUCAUAUGGUAGAGUUGUAUUUGGUUAUAUAGAAGUUCCUAAAGAAAAUGUUGUUUUACAAAUUAGUCAAUCUCCAUUUACAGAUUUUUUUAAAGUUCCAUCCCAGUUACACAAAGUAAGAAUAUUAUUUCAUGGAGGUGGGAAUUAUGAGCCAAAGUAUCUUUUAGGUGGGACAAAAAUUAGUGUAGUUGUUAAAUCACAUUUUCGUAAUUUAUAUGUAACAGCAGAAAAGAUAUGGGAAAGAGAAAGAGAAAUGUAUUAUGCAUUAUCGAAAGAAUUAUGGACAAAUGGGAAUGGGGAACCUAUAAUCUAUAUACCUACUGUAUUUAGUAUUCAUUAUACUGAUCCUGAAACAAAUAAACAACAAGUUUUAUUUCCUGAUUUAAAAGGAAGAACUCAAUUAGUUUCUGAGUUAUUGAUAAUGGAACGUAUAUCUGGUUUAACAAUGCAUGAAUUAGUUAUAUAUAUGCACGGAGAAUUAAUUAGAAAUUGGUUAGAUAAUACUGAUCAAUGGUAUUUGUGGCUCAAAGCAUCAUUUAAGCUACAAUGGUUAAUUUUUCAUGCAAUACAAAGUUUUUUUGCCUCUGGUUAUUUGUUAUAUAUGCAUUGUGAUUUAAAUAGAAGUAAUAUAAUAGUACAUAUCCCUAAUUUAACAAAUAAUCAUCAAAAAAAUCUGGAGAAUAUCAUUGCUUUGACAAUUUGGGAAAUUAGGAUUAUUGAUAUUUCAUUUUGUUGGGUCCCAUCAGUGAAAUAUUCUAGGAAUAUGAUAGGACCAUGCAGGCAAAUUAAUAAUUAUGCUACUUUUUCAGAUACAGAUUUAUUAUCUCUUUCUACUCAAGAAUGUAUAAAGAGUGUAUAUAUUGGUUUAAAAUCGAAAAAGAAUUCCCCAAAAUAUCAAAAAAUGAUGAAGAUUGCCAAAGAUAUAGUAGAUUCCCUUAAUAAUAUUCCAGAAUGGUGGAGUGUUGGAGUAUAUUAUCAUACUCCUAAUCCAAAAUAUUCACUUCGUUAUAAACAUAAUAGAUUAGAUCAAGGUCAUACUUUUAAUGAGAGUAUUGAGGGGUUAAUGAAAGCUUGUGAUUCUUUAGAUGGAAGUGCUAGAAAAUUGGGAUUUAAUCUUCCUUUUCAGUGUUUCUCACCAGAAUCUUAUUUGAGGGGGUACUUACAUCUUUCAUUUCGGCUGAGUAAGCUAGGACUUUGUUUGAGGAAAUCUAUGGCUAUAAAUUCUUCUGUAAUCACUAUGAAGAUACCUAUAAUGAGCUAUUUUGAUUUUGCCAUAAGUGUAUUGAAUCUGGAUUUUAGUUUGCGUGAAACAUCACGUCAAUGUGUAAUAAUGAUACCCAAGAUUAUAGAAUCUCCAGAAGGAAAUAAAGUAACUAUUUCAAUUACAUAUACUUUACCAGAUAUUAUUUGUAGAGAUAUCAAAAAUUGUGUAACAAAAAUUGAAUCACAUAGAUCAUUUAUAGGUGACAAAGUUCUAAAACCAGCCUUAGCUGUUGUUACUGCAGAAAACUAUGAGUCAGAUUUAUGGUUAAAUGAAUUAAUGGAAACUAAAAAGUAUAAAAUUCCACUUUUGCUAUCUGGUAUGAGAAUUUAUGGAAGAUUUCAAGGUUUGGAAAUGCCGGAACCAUUUAAUAAAGCUAUGAUCAUGAAUUUUAUGAAUUUGAUUAAUGAUAUGGCUCAAGCUGUAGGAGUACAGACUCUAAAUGAACAAAAUAUUAUGGAAUUAUGUACCAAAGCUGAAUUACAGCAUAAAUUAGAAACAAUAUUUACUAUUAAAAAUAUUCAAUUUUUAGUAAAAUAUGCUGAAUCAUAUAAAUUAGUUAGAAUAUGUCAAGUAUUUUUUAAACUUCUCCCUAAUGCAAGUAUAUUAUUAACAGAUCAAAGUAUCACCCAGGAAAAUUCAAAGAAGUAUUUAGAUAAGGAAGCUUCUCAAAUGUCUUUAAGAACUAUUUCUAAGAGAAAAUCAGAUAUCCCAGUAGAUAUUAUUACAGAAGAUAGUAAUUCUGAACAAAAAUUAGAAAAAGCUAGUCUUUCAGAAUUAUAUAAACAACAGCCUUAUGAAUUACUGAUGUUCAGGAAGUAUUAUUUCCAAGAUGCUGCACAUUAUCUUAUUAAAAAUCAUCAGGAUAGGGAAUCAAAUAAAGUUUUUGAUAUUAAUUGUGAUUCAAAAUAUGGCUUAAUUUUGGUACCAUUAUUAGACUCAUAUAAUGAAGAUGAAGGGAAUAAACAAGAAUACAGUACAUUAAAUAAUGAUGUCAGUACUGAUAUAGGAUACUUAAGAAACAAAAACCUAAAGGAAAUGUUAAUUUCUGAGACAAGGAAAUAUUCAAAACUUAAAGGUGAGGAAAUGUUAAAGUAUCAAAGUAUUGAAUUACUUUGCAGUGAAAUAAGUAAUCUAAUUGAUUGUGAAAUAAAUAAAAACUUACAAAAAUCAUUUGAAAAUCUCUCUAAUAAACAUAUGACAGUAAUUUCAAUAUCAAAUAGUGAGGGCAUAAUGAAUAUUUCCUGGAAAUUCUUGCAAGGGAAAUAUGGCUCCGUAGGUUUUGGGAUAUUAAAUGUCCCAAGUAGAAUUGAUGAAAUAUUCAUAAAAUCUUCACUCCUAGUUAAUUCAAAUAAAAUUGAAUAUAAAGUAAAGAAUAUUGGAAUAUGGUUCUAUGGAAAUAAUAAACUAUUCCCAUCUUGGUUAUUAGAAAAAUCGAAAUUUGUGAUUUCAGUAAAAAGUCCCUUUAAUAAGGUCCACUCUAAGAGGGAUAAAUAUUGGAAUAGAGAAAAAAUUCUUAGUAUUUUAGUAAGCUUAGAGUUAUGGACAUCUUCGAAGGGGGAUUUGUAUCAAAUAGCUCCAAGUACAUUUUCGAUAUUUUAUAAUGUCAAAGAUUUUGAAUCAGAUCCUUUUAAAUUGGGAGCUUCAAUUCAAGACAUACCUUUAGAAAGUGGAGUACAAAAAAAAGGAAUUUCAGAUACUUAUGUAAGAAAUAUAAAGCCCCUUUUUACGAAUUAUCUCUUUAUGGAAAGGCUUCAUGGAGAAACAAUGAAUAGUCUUUUAUAUUAUUUGAGGAGUAGAAAACUUUUUGAGUGGUUACAAGAGGAUUAUUCCAUGACACGUUGGGAUCUUUGGUAUCAUACUAUUUUAACAUUAUUAUAUCUCAGUAUACAUACAAUUCAAUCCUUUGCAGCUUCUGGAUUUAGCUUAUAUAUGCACUGUGAUAUCAAUUUUGGAAAUAUUAUUUACAUAUUACCUCCAAUAUCUCAAUAUAAUCAUGAAUACAAUCUUCUUAAUAUUAUUAAUAUGAAACUUAUUGAUGUAAGAAUUAUUGACUAUUCAUUUUUGUAUAUAUUUCAUUAUAGAGAUAACUACAAUGACUGUUUGGAUAUGAAUAAACAUGGAGAAUCUAUGGGGUUUGGAAGUUUCUUGGAAGAAAGAAAUCUCCCAAAUGUAUGUAAAGAGGUUAUUAAUUCUGCUAUUUUUAGUGACCCUAAUUAUAUUUCAAUUUUUAUAUCUGAGUUACUAAAAGGUAGUAGUAUUCUAUAUAAUAUGAACAGAAUAUUCCAAAAAAAAGAGCAAAAUAUGCAGAAUCAGGAGCUACAGAUAGAGAAUAAUUUUUUGUACAUAGAUAAAUAUACAUCAUUAUAUAAUAAUAGAAAUCCACAGGUAAUAUGGAAUAAUCAGGAAAAUAAAGUCAUAAGAAAGCUUAGUGAAAUUCACCAAAAUAUUCAAGAACUUCCAGAAUGGUCACAAAUUGGUUUAAGUUUUAUUCCAAAUGAUAACCCUUUUAAAAGAUGGGUUUCUAAGGAUCAAAAUAAAGGUAAAAUGGCUACUUUUAAUCAAGGUAUUGAAGCUUAUAUAGCUACAUGUAAUAUUUUAGCUCCUACUUUUCUUCAGUCGUAUAGACGACUUGUUUCUCUAAAUAAUUUUGACAUUAUUUCUGAAAUCUCAAGGUUUCCCUGCUUCUCAUUGGAAAGUUAUCUACGUGGUUAUACAUUUCUCUCUUACAAUGUGGUAAAGUUAGCUCUAUGUAUGAGAAGAAGUAGCUCAAAAAUUGGGGAUUUAAGUGAUUUUUUACAAAAAAGACAACCAACUUAUUUUCAAUUUGCUACAUUAGUAUUGGAAUAUUAUACAUGGCUCAUAAUACAUAAUAAUAAUUUACAAGAAUCAAAACAUGUGAAUCCCGUCGUCCAUCGUUCAUUUUUUACAGAACUUAAAACACUUUGUAAUGAAGAGUCACUCAAAUCUGAUAGGAACUUUAAUUUACAAGUAAAUAUAAGUUUUCAAGCAAAAAAAUCAAGAAAUAUCUAUUACAAUAUAAAUGAAGAUCAGGAUAAACUCAUUCAGAGAUCUAUUAUGGAAUUUAAUUUACAACCUACAUUCGCACUUAUAUUGCAAAGACUAUGGUAUAGAAUACAAGGUCUUGUAGCAUUAAAUAAUAGUGAAGAUCCCAUAAAGAUACUGUUGCUCCCUUUAAUUGAUUUCAUACAAAAGGAAUUCACUACAAAGGACGAAUUACUAGAUGAUUUGACUUUAUUAAAUGCUUGUAAUGAACUAUAUAAUAGAGGUAUUAUCAAAUCCGUACUAAGAAGUGACUUAUAUGUAACACUAGCUAGGAUUGAUAAAUCUAUUUGCGAUAUGCUAAUAAAACCAGCUAACAAUUUAAAAAUAUAUUGA